AUGGGCGCUAAGGCGAUCAAAGACCCUCUCUUGUCCAGUCAUGUCCGCAGUACUGAACUCGAGAGACACAUUCUCGCAGUCUUUGAACACUUCAGAGACGAGCUCGACGACUUCCACGACCGAAGAGAACGACUCAUCAAGUCUAGCCGCGAUGUCACAAACCUUUCCAAGAAAGUCAUCUUCCUCAUCCAUCGUACACUAACGGAGGGCUUUGGCCAGUCUGAUGAGCGAGAAGUGUCCCUGCGUGCAGCCAGCCGCGCGAAAGACAAGCUAAAGGAAGUCCAAAACCUAUUCGCCGGCAUGCGCGAGGAAGUCGCAGAGGAUCGUUUCUGGAGGCAUCAACGGAAUGUAUCUCCUGGGUUGCAAGAAUAUAUUGAGGCCCUGAGUUUUGCGCAUUACCUGGAGUGUGGGACAUUGAUAUCGUAUGAGGAGGUACAGAGAUCUCUCAGCGAUGCGGAUGGACGUCCGUACUUCCCGUUGCCAAUUGACGACUAUUUGCUGGGAUUAUCAGAUCUAACGGGAGAACUCAUGCGCUAUGCCAUAUCGUCCAUCUCUCGCCGUGGCGGGCGAUUCAAAGCAAAUGAAGUGUGCAAGUUCGUCAGAGGCUGCAGAGCAGACUUCGAUAGCUUCACGCCUUUUUGCCGAGAACUGCGUAAGAAGCAACAAGUGACGUCUCAGUCGCUGGAAAAGAUUGAAGAUGUUGCCUACGCCAUCGCAGUGCGUAGCUCCGAGUACGACCUCCCGCCCGAGCUUCUGGAUGACAUCGUCGAACGCACUGUGGCUGAGGCCGGGUUUGGUGGAGAUGACCGAGACCGGAGAAGAAGGGGCGGGCGACGAGGAGAAGAUGAUGGCGAGGAUGGAGACUACGAUUAGGAUUCGCAACCUUGCACGCCCAGUAUGUAUGUUCUCCAACUACCGUAGGCACUAGCACUCGUUCAUUUGCGGCCAGGAGCGAUAUGAAGUCUGAUUGUCUAUCAGGCGCUGCGUGUGCCGCCUCCUGCGUGAGAAGGCCCCUUGCGCCAGGUGAAAUGGCGAGGACUCGGCCUGCUCCUUGUCGCUUUGCCUGUACUUCGUCUUUUCUGCUCCACAAACCUGCAGCCCGCCUCCAUGCAUGGCUGGUACAUGCGGUAGUCGCAGUCACCACCGCUAUGUGCUGCAUCAAGGGUCGAUCAAUGUGCCGCCCAGGAGAGCUGUGCGAAAUGCAAAUACGACAAGGCCGCGUUCCUUCGUCGCCAAUUCAGUGGACGUCAGAGCGCGAUAGCCCGGCGGUCUCGCCAUCUCCUCUCCCAUU